AAAAUAUACAAUUCGAUCUUACACUUUAAAUUGCAAUACGUGACCAUCAAACGCCAAACGCUAAUCAGCCAAUCUCUGGCAUUUCAUCUCUUUCUCCUCACACAUUCCACCCAACUUCUUUUCCCUUUUUAGAUCGAAGGAAGUCAUGCCGAAAGAUGGUCAUAUCAAAUUCAUCCUCCCAAUCUUAGCCAUCUCUUCUGUCGGACUCCUCUCGGUAGCGAUGCAUUUUCAGUACCGGAAGCGAGCCAUGAAGGUCAAGAAGAUCAUACCGCAGCUCCUCUUGACUGAUUCCGGUCGUAUGGAUCGGAUCGAACGGUUCUCUCAUUAUGUAGCUAGACAAAUGGGGUUUGGGGACAUGAAGGAGUGCCCUCAGCUAUGCAAACUAGCAUAUGGUUAUCUUACAAAAAGCAAGGGAUGUGAAGAUAACAUAUAUGUGUAUUUUUCAAAUGAUCCAAAUGCAGACUCUCUAUGUAUGAAGCUUAUUGAGGAAUUUGAUAAGUGUAUACUUGCUUAUUUUGCAUUUCACUGGAGCCAUGCACCCCAUAUGAUCAGUCAGGUUUUAAGUGUGGAUUCAGAAACCAAGCCAAAGCUAAAAGACAUAGUCAUGGCGGCCACCAGAAAACAGAGAUUUGAACGGGUGAUGAAGGAUCUAAAGGUGGCCAGAGUCUUCUCUACACUAGUGGAGGAGAUGAAGGCGAUCGGCGUCGUCCCAAGCGACGAUCAACAUUGCACGGAUGUGAUGGUCCCUGCGGCCCUUAGUGAGCGCAGCCCAGUUCUCCUUCUGAUGGGUGGUGGGAUGGGAGCCGGAAAGAGCACAGUCCUCAAGGACAUACUCCAUGAGUCAUUCUGGUCAAGCACCAAAGGAAACGCAGUGGUAGUUGAGGCAGAUGCAUUUAAAGAAACGGACGUCAUCUACAGAGCCCUCAAUUCAAGGGGCCACCACCACGACAUGCUGCAGACAGCUGAGCUGGUGCACCAGUCGUCAAUGGAUGCAGCAUCUUCGCUCCUAGUGACCGCGCUCAAUGAAGGGCGGGAUGUGAUCAUGGAUGGCACACUCUCAUGGGAGCCCUUCGUAGAGCAAACCAUCGCAAUGGCAAGGAACGUCCAUCGUCAUCGUUACCGCAUGGGGGUUGGAUACAAAACCUCCGAAGAUGGAACGAUUACUGAAAACUAUUGGGAAGAGGUAGAAGAACAAGCUACAAAGAGGAGACCUUAUAGGAUAGAGCUUGUUGGAGUGGUUUGUGAUGCUUAUCUUGCAGUUGUUAGAGGAAUGAGGAGAGCUAUACUGAAUAGAAGAGCGGUGAGGGUGAAGUCGCAGCUAACAUCUCACAAGAGAUUUGCAAAUGCCUUUCCUCGUUAUUGCCAGCUCGUUGACAAGGCCAGAUUGUUCAGCACCAAUGCCAUGGGAAGCCCACCUAAGCUGAUAGGGUGGAAGGAUGGAGAUAACGACAUGCUGGUUGAUCCCCAUGAAAUCGACUGCUUGAAGAGAGUGAGCAUGUUGAACGAGGAAGCAAACUCCGUCUACGAGCUCCAUCCACAGGCAGAGCUCAUGAGCAUAUCUCGCUCGGUUUGGAAUGAAGUGGUGUUGGCACCUUCAAGGGCGCAUCUCCAACGUGAGCUAAAGAUCGCCAUCCAAAAGAUUGAAAAUCCAACCUUGUAACAAUCUCACAAAGCAAAACUCGGGGAGAGCUACAAUGAGAGUUUCAGAGUCUGGGACAGGCUGGCUUGUUCGCACCAUUUACAUAGAAGAGCAUGGAUAUGUAUUCCAGCUACCGGACACUGCUCUGCAAAUCACACCAAUAGAAGUUUCAAAUUUUCAUUAAGGAAAAAAAAAAUCACAGUAAAAUGUGUAACUGGGGUACUGUGAGAGGCCCAUGAAAUGCAUUUGAUGUAAUCAAUGUCAACAUGACAGCAAAUUUGCAAUCCAACGAAGGUGAAUUUUGGAGAUAGAAUUCAGAAAUAAAUUAUAUAAAUUCACAUUUGAUUGUA